AUGGUGUUCCUACGAUUGUCUGUCAAAGUAUUCCCGCGGGAUCAGCUGGCCUCCAACUCAAGCUCGAGCUGGGGACGGUCUCUCCCCUUCACGCGGAAGUCUGUGAAUGAUGACUCGAGCCAGGUAUCUGCGGCGUCCGCUUCAUCAAAGAAACCGGGUAUCUUUCUCCUUGUACUUGAAAAGCCAGAGGAUGUAACGCUAGGUGGACUUGCGGGAAUGAUCCAGGAUCACUGGGCCAAGCUACACCCUGACCUUGAACCCCUCACGAUUAAGAAGAUCUUGGACGAUACGAAAGAAGACCUCGACCUUUACCCCGAUUUGACUGUCGCCGAUGUUUGGGUUGACUAUGGAAAAGCCCGCGCCGAUGGUCUUGACCAGCGUGGUACUGUCCGUGUUGUUCAGAAACCUGCUGCUGCUGCAGCGCCAGAACGCUUCCCCUCUGUUGAUCAGGACUGGGAUGCUGCGAUUGUCGCAUAUGAACGGCAGCGCGAUUCGAAGAUUAAGAAAGAGGGUAUUAAGCGGCGGUUCUCUCCUAUCCAAGAGGAAGAUGAGUUGCAAAGCGUUCAUUCCGUACCAAGCCACCGAUCGUCUCAGUCCCCAUGGUCCGUCUCGCCUGGUCACCCCGGACACGAUACACAAAAUCAACACCGCAUUCAUAAUGGUAUGUCUAAAGAACAGCGCCGUCGUCGCGAUGUGCCUCUUUCUUCUGUUGAAGUCCACAGUCCUACCGCUCAACAUGACUCGGCGGCAGUUAAUGGGCCUACGAUUGCUGGCACGCCUCCUCCUAGACGGGACGAGAGUGAAGAGCUCGGCGAGUCGCCUUCUCCAGCUGAACGACGACGUUCUAGCACGAGAGCUAGAUCUACACCUGCUUCCGCAACUGCCACUUCCCCGAAUUCGAAUGGUCGACUGGAGAAGGUUGUGAGACCGCGUGUGCCAGCUACACGAACGAUUACCAAGAUGCCCGACGAUGCUGAACCUGCUGAGUUGUCUCAGCAGUCAGAUGAAGCCCCUGCGGUUUCUGAGCAAAAGGACAAAGAACAGAUUGAGGAGAGCAGCAAUGAGGCAAGCGAGUCUGAGAGCGCAGAGGACAAGAAUGUGACUCCACCACCCAAGCCAGCUGUGAAGCGCACCUCUGUUGGACCUAAGCCAGAAAGCCAUCUCUCCGCGCUUGCCAAGAGCACAUCGAAGUCACCGCAGCAGAAGCCCGCUGAUCACGCAAUUCCUAUUUCGAGCGCGGAAGAAAGUGAGGAUAGCGAUGACGACAGUGACGACAGUGACGAGGAAAGCGACAAGGAAUCGGACAAGAACGAAACUGCGAAAAGCCCAGCGAAACCGGUUACAGUUGAGAAUCCCGAAGACAAGCCAGCACAAAACGAGGACGAUGAUCGCCCCGAGGAAUCCUCAUCUUCAUCUUCGCCUUCAUCUGAUUCUUCUUCCUCCGAGUCUGGAGAUAACGAAGAACGCGCCGCGGAGGAUACAAUCGCCGAAACCCAGGUGACUGCUAAUCGGACUCAGGAGGCUGAUAAAGAUGGAGAUGUGCAAAUGGAAGGCUCUCAGACCAAUGUUCUCCCUCAGGCAUCUCAGAUGAACGGUGCUUCGGGCGAAAUUCGAUCUCUGAAGCGCAAGCAGAGUCCAGAAGGACCUGUGUCAGUCAAGGAAACUCGUAUCAACCAGGCCCAUCCAUCAACUCGCCAGCAGGCUAAAUUCAACUCCCCUUCAGUUGUAAUUUCUUCACAGCAUACAGAGGACCAAUCCAAGUCGAAGUCACCAAUUGGCUCGGCUGAGAUCCCGCUACCACCUCAGUUAGUGAGCCCACGCCGGAGACAUGAGCGUGUCCCUUCAUUCUCUAGCCCUGCCCGUCGCCGUGCCAGUAUUUCGAAGGACAGGGAGCAGUCACCCAACCCUACGAAAGGACUGGGAUUGGGUAUCACUGCGAGCCCCCCCAGUAAGCAGCUCAUGAGGAACAUUGAACAGGACAUGCAUACUGCUGAGCCUGCUCGGAACGGCUUUGGUAGCGGCUUUGGUGGGCCUCUGUUGCCCAGCAGCGUACCUACCGCGGCUGAUUCAGUCGAUAUGACCCCCGGCGCUAAGCAAACACCUGCGCUCGACAGGACCAAGAAGUUGCACUCCGCGAUCCGCGGGAAAGAUUCCCCCUCAGAACGGGGUGAGAGACGAUCGGUCUCUUUCCAAGAGGGUGACAAUGUCUUCUUGACUUCCGACCCUGCUCUACCUACAACCUCAACUCCUCGCGCUACCACUACGAAGUCCCAGCCAGCAAAACCACCAACUGCCGCUAACAAGAUUAUUGCUUCGGGUACGCAGUCCGGCUCGGAUCCUCGUGGUACGCCCAAGGACAAGGAAGCUCAGAAGAGACCGACUUCCGCCGAACCUCCCAAGCAAACUGCCAAUGGAACGAGGGGCAAUGCCACCAAGGCUGCCUCUAAGGGCAAAGCCGCUCAGAAGACCCCGGCAUCGAAGUCUCCCCAGGGAACUCCAUCCAGCAGUCAGAGCCACACCGUCUAUCCACCAGGGUUCUCUGUCGAAAGCAUCAGCAAAAUAAGUGCGCAAAUCGAGCAGGAUACGCAAGAGAAACACGAACUGGAAGAACGACUCAAAGCAUCAAAUGCCGAUCCUCAAGUAUUGAUUUUAGCGACGGAGAUGCUGGGGCUCAUCAAUAACCUUGAGACCAAGAAGCGCCAGGGAAACAAGAGGAUGGGGGUAUGGCGCACAAAGCUUGACCAAAUGCGGAAACAACUCAAAGCUUGCGAAGAGAAGAAAAGGCAGCAAGACGAGAACCCCAAGCAAUCAGUUGCACGCACACCCCGUCCUACCCUCAAGGGUCUUCUCAGCAGCCAGAGGCAAGAAAUGGCUGCUAAAACCGCCAAAUCUCGUCCUGAGCCAAAGCCCGCUCCACCACCUCGUGGUGAUGUGUAUGAUGUGCCCAGCUCGAGUGAAUCUGAGAGUUCGGACAGUGAUUCUGAUUCCGACAGUGACGAGUCCGAGAGUGACCAAGGCGAUAUCUUACCCGAUGGGUCCCAUGAAAAGCUGCGCAAGCCCUGGUCUCAGCGCAAUAAGUGA